AUGUCUUCUGCAGUAGAACUAAAGGAGGAAUAUAUACCACUUUUGACGUCCUAUCAACAUUUUAUGGAAUCAGAUAUUGAGAAGGAUGAAGAGGAGGAUACCAGAAACAUUCGUAAAGACACAAUAGUUGUUAAUACAAAUUUGUAUGCAUUAACAAAAGACGCUGGUGCUGUUGGUAAAAAGUGGCAAAAUAUAGACUGUAAAGAGCUUAUUAUCUGGAUAGCUCUAGUUAUCUAUCAAGGACUCUUUAAAUUACCCUCACUUAAUCAAUAUUGGAAUAAAGAUCUAAAGUUUCUCAUCCAUCAUAUUUCUAAAUAA